GAGGUUCGCGGAUUGCUCGACAAGCUCACCAUGGAGCGCUUCGAGUCUACCUCGAACAAGAUCAUCGACUGGGCGAACAAAUCCGAGAAGGAGAAGGACGGCCGUAUACUUAUUCAGGUCAUUCAUUUGAUCAUAGAAAGGGCGAUCGACGAGGCUGCUUUGUCAGAUAUGUACGCGCGCCUCUGCCGAAAGAUGACAGAACAAAUCAGCCCCAACGUCCAGGUUGAGGGCAUCCGGAACCCUGAAGGCAAACCUAUCACCGGCGGUCAACUCUUCAGGAAGUACUUACUCGACCGCUGUCAAGAGGAUUUCGAGCGUGGAUGGGCGGCUCAGGAGGCCCCUGCUGCCGCUGCCAAAGUAGAAGCUUCGGAAAAUGAAGCCACAUUGCACCCCAAAGAGUACCUUGCGGCACAGAAGGCUAGGCGACAGGGUCUCGGUCUGAUGAAGUUUAUCGGCGAGCUGUUCAAGCUGCAGAUACUGACGGAGCGUAUCAUGCAUGAGUGCAUCAAGAAGCUCCUUAGCAACGUGGACAACCCCGAAGAGGAGGAGAUUGAAUCCUUGUGCCAACUGCUCACGACCGUCGGCCAGAUCCUCGAUACGCCGCGAGCCAAGUUGUACAUGGAUAUCUACUUCACCCGGAUGAAGGAGCUGGCGAAGAACCCGAAGGUUUCGUCCCGUAUGCAAUGCACGUUGCAGGAUGUCAUUGAACUGCGGGAGCGGAGAUGGAUUCCUCCGACUAUGAUUGCCCUUUGGGUUUGA